AUGCCAAGAUCCAAGUGGUUUCCGAAAUUCAAAAAGGAGCUUCCACGCGUGGAUGGCAAGGUGUUUGUGAUCACCGGCACCACUUCGGGUACGGGCUUUGUUGCUGCCUGGGUUGUGGCGGAACUGGGCGGAGAGGUUCUUCUGCUGAAUAGGCCAUCUCAGCGCGUAACCGAUUCCAUGGAGAAGCUCAAGGAGACUGUUCCAGAUGGAAAGUUCAGCAACAUCGCUUGCGACCUGCAGGAUUUCGAGAGUGUCCGCAAGGCGGCUGCCGAGAUCAAAUCGCAGUACUCGAAGAUCUACUGCCUUGCGAACAAUGCAGGCAUCAUGGCAACGCCGGACAGAGCAACGAAGGAUGGCUAUGACACCCAGAUGCAGACGAACCACUUAUCUCAUUUCCUGCUCACAGCAGAGCUUUUCCCGUUGCUGGAGGCUGAGGCCGAGCAAAAUGGGGACGCUCGGAUUGUGAACCAUUCCAGUCUCGGCCGCCUUCACACCGUGAACAAAGGCCUGGAGGAAAAGUACUUUGGGAAAAAUGGUGGCAAUUUGGGUGGUGAUUCCAUCAAAUUGAUGGGUGGAGCUUGCUAUCAUCGUUACUUCCAGACCAAGUUGGCCAACUCGGUCUUCACUUAUGGUCUGCACGAGAAGUUGAAGCUGCGAAACUCCAAGGUCCGUGCUCUUUGCGCACACCCCGGGGGAUCGGCGACGAAUCUGGCCAAUGGUUUGAAGCAUGGCUGCUGCGUGGACUGCUGCCUUGCAUGUCUUAUGCCCUGCUUCGCCCAAUCACCGGAAGAUGGGAGCAUGGGGCUGGUGAAGUGUAUGGUGGCUACAGACGCUCAAAGUGGCGUGCUCUACGGCCCCAAGAAUUCUGGCCCAGCAGGUCCGGCCGUGCCGAAUCCACCCAAAGCCUAUGAGACCGACCCCAAAGCGAUCGAAAUGCUGUGGAGGACCAGUGAAGAAGCCACAGGUGUUGGAUUUUGA